GUUCAGAAGAUGUGCCAAAAAAACCCCUUGAAUGGAAAUCCACUGAAAGUGGAUACAAUUGAGGAAAUAAACAGUGUUCAAGUGAAAAACGUUUCUUCAAAUGUCAGCUCUGAGAGUCUUGGAAGCUAUUUUGGAGACAGAAAAAAAAGUUCUGGUGGAGAUAUUUCUUCAAUACAACAAGAAACCAAUGGUACUUACAUUGUAAGUUUUAAAGAGGCAUUUGUUGUGCUGGACGUUUGUACCAGAGAUCAUAUACUGCAAAAUGUGGAGUUGGAUGUUCAGCCAUUCUGGGAACCAUUUGAAGAAAAUAUCAUUUCAAGGCAGCAAGUCUAUGACUAUUUACAAAAUUUACGAAAAGAUAUCAGCUCAAAAGAUGGAACAUUUAGAUCUCAAGAUAUACAGGAAAGUGAAGCAGGAAAGAAUGAAAUGCAGAAUGAAUCUGAGAGUAUAAUAUCAUUAAAUUCAGAUUUAGGAAGUGAAACAGAAGAAAUACUUAAUUUUAAGUAUAAAAACUGUGAAAUAGUGUUGAGGGAAGGUGACAUCACGACUCUGGACACCGAUGCUAUUGUUAAUGCUGCAAAUGGCAGACUGGAACACAUGGGAGGAAUUGCAGCAGCCAUUGUGCGGAAAGGUGGAUUUGAAAUUCAAGCUGAAUCCAAUGAAAUUAUGAAACAAAGAAGGAUUGAACUGAAACCUGGAGAAGUAGUGUCAACUAAAGCUGGUAAACUAAAAUGCAAGACUAUCAUUCAUGCUGUUGGACCUGUUUGGAGUAAUGGAUGGAACCAUGAAAUAUUUCACCUUUCAAGAGCUGUUCAAAAUUGUUUGUUAUUUCUUGAAGCAAAGUCUUACACGUCAAUUGCAAUUCCUGCUAUCAGUACAGGUAUUUUUGGUAUACCCAUAGAAGAAGGAACCACAUGUACAGUAAUGGCGAUGAAGUAUUAUCUUGAUAUUCACUCAAAUUCUAAAAUAAAACAUAUUUGUUUGAUUGAUGUACGGAAGGAAGUAAUCAGAGGUUUUAAGCAUCGUCUAGAAACGGUAUUUGGAAUCAGUGAAUGCGAAGGUAGGAAUUGUUAUUUGUUUAAUCAUCAUCAUCAUCAUCCCAAGUUACCCAAUCCAGUAAUAGAUCCAACCCUAUUUGAAAUAGUCAAGAAUCACAUGGUGCAUGAACCUUGUGGUUGUAUCAAUCGCAGUUCACCUCACAUGGCUGGUGGUAAAUGUACAAAAAGAUACCCAAAGAAAUUUCUACUUCAAACUCAGUUUAGUGAGUAUGGGUACCCCUCCCACGCGAGAAGAACACCAGAAGAUGGUGGGGUUUCAAACUAUGGUUGCCUGCCAUGGAUUGUACCCUUUUGUCUCUUUGUAUCAAAGGCAUUCCAUGCUCACAUAAAUGUUGAAUUUUGCAGUUCUGUGAAAUCUAUUAAAUAUGUGUGCAAGAACAUAAAUAAAGGAUCCGCUGAUGCCAUAACUGCCUUACAACAAGAAAAUGUUCAAGAUGAAGGUUCUCAAUACAAGCUUGGUAGAAAUAUCAGCAGCAAUGAUCCAUUCUGGUGUAUUUUGGGGUUCCCUAUUCAUGAAAGGCAUCCAGCAAUACAACAGCAUCUUGAAAAUGGUCUCAGAGAGUUUCUUUCACUAACGAAACACCUGUACAUGUAG